AUGUAUACUAUGCAAACUGCUCAAUUGCCUAUUUCAGUUUGUGAGAAGCUUGAUCAACUAAACAAGAAUUUUCUUUGGGGCCAUACUGCUUUAGUGAAUUGGGAUACUAUUCAUAAACCUAAGAGGGCUGGUGGUUUGGGGCUCAAGAAAACUUCUUUGAUGAAUCAAGUUCUUUUAGCCAAACCUAGUUGGAGGUUACUCCAAAAUGAUCAAGAUCUUUGGGCUAAAGUGUUUCAAGCUAAGUAUUUGCGUCAUAGGGAUGUUCUUGCUGCUAAAUAUCUCCAUUUUCAUUCUAGUUCUAAUGUUUGGAGAGGUGUUUUGUAUGGAGCUCAGAUUCUUCCUAAUGGCAUUAAAUGCAGAGUGGGUAUGGGGGAUGAUCUUUUGUUUUGGAUUGAUAAUUAG